AACGUUAACCCCAGAUUAUUAUCAACUCUGUGAGUUUUAUCUCCUCUUCCUUCUGUUUGGCAGAGCGCAGAUCUCAUUCUCUCCACCUUCAACUACGUAGUUUAUCUUCUGUUUGGCUCCUCACAUCUGCAUACUUUCUCUCGCUUUCAUAAGAGUUGGAGAGAAGAGUGAUGCCUUCAAUGGUGCAAAAUGGACCCAGAAACAAUCCUCAAACCCAAAAGCCCCACUCUAACUUCCCCAAUAAACCUCACAAUCCCGAUUCUCUGGCCAGGAGAGAGAGGAUUGAGAGGCAGAGAGAGUCUCUACCAAUAGCAUCAGUUAAGGAACGACUAGUUGAGGAGGUUAAAACCCAUGAUAUUUUGAUCAUUGUUGGUGAAACUGGAAGUGGAAAAACAACUCAAUUACCUCAGUUUUUAUUCAGUGCUGGGUUCUGUCACGAUGGAAAAGUUAUUGGGAUAACUCAACCCAGGCGUGUUGCAGCGGUCACCGUGGCAAAACGAGUGGCGGAGGAAUGUGGGGUUGAAUUGGGGCAAAAGGUUGGAUAUUCCAUCAGGUUCGAUGACAAAACUUCCAGCUCUACAAGGAUUAAGUACAUGACUGAUGGAUUGCUACUCAGGGAAGCAUUGUUGGAUCCUUACCUCUCUAGAUAUUCAGUCAUCAUUGUGGAUGAAGCUCAUGAGAGAUCAGUCCACACUGACGUUUUGCUAGGAUUGCUAAAAAGUGUGCAAAAUGUGAGGUCAAACUUCAUGAAGGACCAUGAUAAUAUGGAUGACAAGAAGUCAAACAAUAGGGCAAUGAAGGGGACAGGAACUGGUACUCAAUGUACUAGUUUUCUCAGGCAAUGCCAUGGUAGAAAAUUCCCUCCAUUAAAGCUAAUCAUAAUGUCCGCCAGCUUGGAUGCUCGUGUUUUCUCUGAGUACUUUGGUGGUGCCAGAGCUAUUCAUAUUGAAGGGCGCCAACAUCAAGUUGAUAUACUGUAUACUCUUCAUCCUGAGCCAGAUUAUCUUGAUGCGACCUUGGUUACUAUAUUCCAGAUUCAUUUGGAGGAGGCCCCUGGUGACAUACUUGUAUUUCUAACUGGGCAAGAAGAGAUUGAAUCUGUUGAAAGACUUGUGCAAGAACAACUUCAUAAAUUACCUGAAGCCAAUCGAAAGUUGUUAAUUGUCCCCAUGUUUUCAUCCCUUCCAUCGGAGCAGCAGAUGCGGGUUUUCAUGCCAGCUUCAGCUGGGCAUCGUAAGGUAAUAUUGGCCACAAAUAUUGCUGAGACUUCAGUGACGAUACCUGGAAUCAAAUAUGUUAUAGACCCAGGAUUUGUAAAAGCACGUUCCUAUGAUCCAGUCAAAGGAAUGGAAUCAUUGAUAAUUGUUCCAACUUCAAAAGCUCAGGCUCUUCAAAGGAGUGGACGUGCAGGGCGUGAAGGACCUGGGAAGUGCUUUCGUCUCUAUCCAGAGCGUGAAUUUGAGAAACUUGAGGAUUCAACAAGGCCAGAGAUCAAGCGGUGCAACCUCUCAAAUGUCAUCUUGCAACUGAAGGCUCUAGGUGUUGAUGAUAUCAUUAGAUUUGAUUUCAUGGAAAAGCCAUCUAGGGCAGCUAUCAUCAAAUCGUUGGAGCAUUUGUUUCUGCUUGGUGCUUUGACAGAUGACUGUAAGUUGUCAGAGCCUAUUGGGCAUCAAAUGGCUCGGCUUCCCUUAGAUCCUAUUUAUUCCAAAGCGCUCAUCCUAGCUAGUCAGUUCAACUGCUUGGAAGAAAUGCUAAUAACAGUUGCGAUGCUCUCUGGGGAAUCUAUUUUUUAUGCCCCUCGCGAGAAGAAGGAUGAGGCGAUAACUGCAAUGAAGUGCUUUGCAAGUCCAGAUGGAGACCAUCUCACUUUAGUUAAUGUAUAUCGGGCAGUAGAUAGACUUUUGGAGAAAAGAAAUAUGGAAGUUGGUAAUAAAAAGAAUCUCCAUGGAAAAAAUGAAAAAUUUCUGAGAAAAUGGUGCAAAGAAAAUUUUAUUAAUAGUCGAUCCCUGAGGCAUGCUUGUGACAUUCACAGUCAAAUUCGAGGGCAUGUUGAACAAAUGGGUCUUCGUAUUUCGUCCUGCGGAGAUGACCUGGUUCAAUUCCGCAGAUGCCUUGCUGCUUCAUUUUUCCUUAAUGCAGCUUUGAAGCAGCCUGAGGGAACAUACAGGGCUUUGGCAAGUGGACAGGUAGUGCAGAUUCACCCUUCUUCUGUACUAUUCCAGUCAAAGGCAGAAUGCAUAAUUUUCAAUGAACUAGUCCAAACCACUAACAAGUAUAUCCGCAACAUAACUAGAAUCGAUUAUUUAUGGUUGACUGAGCUUGCUCCACACUAUUAUGCCAUGCGGAGUUAAAAAUUUCUGGUAUGAAUUCUCAUAUCUAAUAUAUUAAUUUGAUUAUUUCAAUUAUAUGGUCAUUUGCUUGAAUGCUUUUCUUGAACUUAUUAAUCCUUGGUUGAAACUCUCUUCUGGAUAAUUUAAAUCAAAUACUGUGAAUUGUCAAUCCGGUAGCUAAAUUGUGGGCUGAUUCCUCAUUUUUUACUCUGCAGCUGGAAAUAGCAAGCAAGGAAGAUCUUUGUUUCUUACUAUUGAGGGUGAUGAUUGAUAAUGUACUAUUUUUACUUUUAAUAGCUAAUUUAACCAAUAUUUUUACUGAACGCUUUAUUUUAAAUUACUAUAUAAAUAACUAAUCACCAAUCAUUAAUAUUUAAUAGCUAGAAUUAGUAAAAUAAUUGACAGCUAUAAAAUAGUUAACAAACUAUUAAAACAGCUAAUAUUAUCAAACAUUGCUUAAAUUUCUAAAUAUGAAAAUUAAAAAAAAAUAAUUAAAUUAAAUUCUUAUAAAAUUCUAAUUUCUAAUCAGGGGAAAAUGACAUACCCAGCAUAUCAUUAGAUGUUUGCAGCUAUUAUCCAGAACAUGAAGAUAGAACACAAAUUCAACAAAGCAAAAUCAAGAACCUGCUUAAGAAUAUUUUUCAUGUAGAAAUUAAUUGAAAUUACAGCACCGCAAUCAGUCAAAAUGCGAGAAGCUUUUGGUUUGACUUUUUUGUGCCAUACAAUUUUGAAAGCAUUCUACCGACUUCAAAUGGAAAGCACAAGCCAUAGAAGGCAAAUUCCUACAAACCCAAAGAAAGAUUGGAAAAAUGUUAGAGAAACACAAAUGCAUAGAAGUUGGGUAAAAAAAAAAAAUUUAUUAUUUAAUCUUCUAUUUUAAUGAAACUAAAUAUUUUAUUUUUCUAUUUUAAAAAUAUAUUAGUUAGCUUAUAUAGUUUUAUUUUAUCUACUUUUUAGUCUCUUGAUUCAAUUUAAAUUAAGUUUUAUGUUAAUCAAUAUAUUCAAAUGAAAGAGAAAUUAUCGUUAUAAGAACUAUAUGAUUGUGUUUUUUAAAUUAUAGAGAUUGAAUGAAGUUUAAAUUAACGUUUAAAAUAAUCAAAGGAAUUAAAAAGUAAAUUAAAAUAAAAUAUGAGAAUUAAUUAAUAUAAUUUUUAAAAUAAAAAAAAUAAAUAAUAAUUUUACUAAAACAAAAAGAACGGUUAAGAAAACUGCUUAUUAACGCAAGACUUCAUGCAUGCAAUUUUUUCAGAAGAGUUCUGAAUAUAUGAUUUGUUCAACUGUUUAAAGAUGCAAUAACAUGGUGGAAGAACGAUUUAUACAUAUGAAUGGCAUGUUUUUGCAACUGAGUCAAAACUUAUUCAAAGAUUGAUUUUUGACAAGGAAAAUUCUGUGCAAUAUUUCAAGACAUUAUAAAUUAUGAAUUAGAGAAAUAGCUAUAGGCUCCACAACUUAGGUUUUGUCAUCAAAGGAGGCCUAUGGAAUUUUCUGUCAUCAUCUGGAAAUCAGCACUCAAUUUAUUUUUUUAUUAUUUCCUAAUAGAUUUGCUAUUAGUAGCACACUAGUAGGGCAAUACACACGCAUGUACAUGUACCACCAACACAACAGGAUUCCAUACAACUGUUAAAGAUUUUUUUUUGUUUUUCUUUAAUUAUUUUUUCUUUGACCAGUUUAACACCCUCAGGCUAGGCGCUAUAGUGUGUGUCCCUGAUAUAAUUGAGGGAAAAGGAAAGGGCCAAGAGGGCAUUGGAAAGCACUACAGUAGCCAAUGACAAAAAUCUCAAGUAUGAGAAGACUUUUGUUGCAAAAAGUAAUCAGCAUAAAAAGUAGAGUUUGACAAAAGUUAAGGCAUCCCACCUGCAAGACUGAACUUGGUUUGAACUUUUGAUCCCCAUGUCCCGCUCCAGGCAAGCCCUAUUCAAUCAAGGCCAUAAUUCAGAUACACAAAUUCAAGCUGAGAAAAAAAUAAAUGAAGAACAGCCCACAAGCCCUGCUGGACCAGUUUAAUGAUUGAACAUAAAAAGAAAUGGCGUGAACAGUGAACUAACCUUGAGCAAAGCAACUGGUGGUUGUAUUCUUCCCAUUCCGGCAUAUACAGGCAAAUGACUGAUCAAAACCUGCAAAGCCACACAAGCCCCCACUAGAUUCACAAUCCUUGCAGAUAUUACUAUAAUAUGAACCAUUAUAUUGUAGAGAUAUCCCAAAAUUCCAUUUCAUCGGAUCUCCCUCAUUGCCCCCAAAACUGUAUACUGAUGUAUAUGAAGAGCAUUGGAGUUUGGGAAGAUCCAAUGUGUAGCCUGCAAGUUGAAUAGGUGACUCAUAAACACAGCAUGUAGAUAUCGGUGCAUUCUGUGGCAACCCAAUUCCUGAGACUCCCUUACAAGAAUAUAAUCCUCUACAAACACGAGAACCUGACCCUGUGUCGCACAAAUCUUCUUUUGGGUCAAAUACAGGAGAAGUGGUAGAGCAUCCUAGCAAAACAAAGAUAUUAUCUCCUGUUAAAGUGAAUGGACUAGCCCGAUCCAAGCUAAAGCUUCCUGAGUCCUGCAUUGAACUGCAAGUUGACAUGAGAGGGUCUGUGACAAUCAAAGUGUUGCUUGGGUAAUCAAUUGAGGAGAUGGUGUAAAUGCCAGUGCCCGUAGAAAAUUCCAGAGUGCCUGAGUUGCAUCUCACGUAUCUAGCAAAGUCAGGGUGUCCACAUCCAAAUCCAGUGCCAAAAGGGAACUUCACAGGUAUUGUGCCGCAAGUAUCAAGACAGGUACCAUUUAGUGGGAUAGUAUGGACAGCAGUAGAGAUGGAGAAAAUUACAGGGAGGAUUAGGAAGAUGGGAAUGUACAAGGACAUAAAUGCAUUUGAGGCAGACACCAUUUGUGAACCGUUGGAAGAGUUGUGAAAUUAUUGAACUUGAAAUACAGAGCAAACUAAACUAGAGAGUGUUGUUUAAGUAGUUGAUAUUUAAAAAGAAUAGAAAGUGCUAUUUUCGGUGGAA